AUGAGAGGAGGGUGUUACCUUUCGGGGCUUAUACCUUAUAUUGCUUCCGGUCAACAAACACCAAGAACCCGAUUACGGUCUCUUACUGACCGAAAGUUAGGGGUCAAAUUCAAUACAUGCCUUUUCCCAUACUUAUCAAUCUGUUCAUAUCUAUCUAUCUAUCUAUCUAUCCGUUCAUAUCCAUCUAUAUAUGUAUCUAUCAGUUUGUUCAUAUCUAUCUAUCUAUCUAUCUAUCUAUCUAUCUAUCUAUCUAUCUAUCUAUCUAUCCGUUCAUAUCCAUCUAUAUAUGUAUCUAUCAGUUUGUUCAUAUCUAUCUAUCUAUCUAUCUAUCUAUCUAUCUAUCUAUCUAUCUAUCUCUAUCUGUCUGUCUCAGUCCGUUGUCUGCUCAUAUCUAUCUAUCUAUCUAUUUAUUUAUGUAUCUCAGUCUGUUCAUAUUUCUCUAUCUAUAUAUCUAUCUAUCCGUUCAUAUCUAUCUAUAUAUGUAUCUAUCAGUUUGUCCAUAUCUAUCUAUCCGUUCAUAUCUAUCUAUCUAUCUAUCUAUCUAUCUAUCUAUCUAUCGAUCGAUCUAUCUAUCUAUCUAUCUAUCUGUCUUCUGUUAAUAUCUAUCUAUCUAUCUAUCUAUCUAUCUAUCUAUCUAUCUAUCUAUGUAUGCAUCUCAGUCAGUUCAUAUCUAUCUAUCUAUCUAUUUAUCUAUCUAUCCCUUCAUAUCUAUCUAUAUAUGUAUCUAUCAGUUUGUUCAUAUCUAUCUAUCUAUCUAUCUAUCUAUCUAUCUAUCUAUCUAUCUGUCUCUAUCUAUCUAUCUCUCUAUAUCUCUCUCCGUCUGUCUAUCUAUUUAUUUAUCUAUCUCAUCUGUUCAUAUCUAUCUAUCUAUCUAUCUAUCUAUCUAUCUAUCUAUCUAUCUAUUUUAUCUUCCAAACCUUCCUUCCUUCCUUCCUUCCUUCCUUCCGUCCGUCCAUCCUUCCGUCCUUUCUUUCUUUCUUUCUUUCUUUCUUUCUCAUAGUCCAUCCUCUUAAUCUCCUUCCUUCUAUUUGGUCGUUCUUUCUUUCUUUCUUUCUUUCUUUCUUUCUUUCUUUCUUUCUUUUUUUUGGCCUUCCUUCCUUUCUUUUUCUCUUUUUUCUUUUUUUUUCUUUCAAAAAUUUUCUUCCUUUUUCAUCUUUUUUUUUAUUUUCCACUUAUUAUAUAUAUUAUAAUAUUCUUUCUUCCUUUUUUCUUUCUUCCUUUCUUAUAAAAUUUAACGCUUCUUUCUUUCUUUCUUUCGAUCUUUCUUUCUUUCUUUUACUUUCCACAAUUUUUUUCUCUUUUCGAGUUAGCUAUUCUUUCUUUCUUUCUUUCUUUCUUUCUUUCUUUCUUUCCACAAUUUUUUCUCUUUUAGAGUUACCUAUUCUUUCUUUCUUUUUUCUUCCUUCCUUGCUUCCUUUCUUUCUUUCUUUCUUUCUAAGUCUGAGCAUUUUAUUUCAAUGA